CCAUCUUGAUUCCCCAGUUGGACUGGCAAAUAGAUAUGUCAGACUUCUUAGUCGCCUAUUAUCUCGGAUUCGAGGCCUGCUCUGCUCUCUAGUCGCUAUUCAACCUUCUGUUCUCUCUUGCCUCUUAGAGCGUAUUCUCGAAUCGCCUCCUGAGGCUACUGUUUCCGUAGCUUUCAAAUCAGUGCCACCGAUUGCGAAAAACACAUACAAUGAUCACUUAAUAUACGAUCUCCUGGCUUGCCUGCUUCUAUCUGACAGUGCGGUAGAUUGGAUGAUAAACGAUCCCCAUCCCAGCAUUGAACUUUCUGAUUCGACGUACAUUGCUGCUCCUAGCCGGCAGAAGGAUACCCCAGCCGACAAUCACAAAAACGUCACAAACAAUUAUGGAAUUUCCCAUAUAUGUCUACAAACUGUUAGUUUGCUGGAACCUGACGUGCAGCCUCACUUCUCCAGUGGUUUUUCGCCUUCUGCAAGUGUUGGAGGUACUUUGAGAAUAGAUCCAAGUUCGACUGGAUAUCGGACAGAGGCUAUACUUCGUCGGCUGCAUCUGUUCACUCGCCUUUUGAUGCCUGAUCAGUCAACACUUCUGCGUGACUCACUCGGUGAUCAACUGAUCCGUGAUCUUCUUCCUCGUCUGUUCUCGAUCUUUACUGCUACUUCAGAUACCUCCCUGAAACAAUCGCUGACGGAUGAGCUGAGGCCAAGCGGUUCAGAUCGAGGGAACUUUCUCAUCGACUGGCCUGCCGGCAAGCUUUGCGAUCACCAGUUGCAUCAGGUUCGCGACGCCCUACUGGUACUUUGCAAUCAGCUAAUGCGCCCUUGCCCUUCUAGGUCUAUUUGCCUCGCUAGCCUCGAUCCAAAUUACUCACAUAUGCAUAGACGGAGCCGAGAUAUACUUUAUGAGGGCACCAAAGGAGGGGCAAAGGCAGAGGAAGAGGAGGAGGUUAAGAGGCGACAGGUGAAGAAGCAAAAUAGAAAUAAGAAGAAGAAAACAAAACUUUAUGGCAUGAAUGAGAGGGUGAAAAAUGUUCAGAAAAGAUGGAUCAAACAACUGUCCAUCAAUAAUUCAGAUCGUUUAGCCGCCCUAAUCGCUUCCACUCUUGACCAAUCGAGUGGAUUUUGUACUGUUCGAAUACGCAAAACCAUACCUACAUCACUCUCGGCCGGCCGGUACGAAUACUUCCCUUCAGCUUCUGAUGCUUGGAUGCCUUACCCAGUCGAUCACCCAGACCUCUCUGAUGCCUUGUUGCUGAUCGAGUCUCAUCGUCAGCCUUGGACUCUACAAUGGCCCCUUUGUCUCAGACCUACCGGAUUGGUAGUCCCAGCUGAUAAAUCGGACCAACAGUGCCGCGAUGAUGAAGACGCUGACGAUGAUGUGGUUGCUCAAUUAACUUUUGGCCAACUUUUUCAUUUGAUGGUCGAAUUUAACAUCUGGCCUUCCCCCAGCCAUCCAGGCCCUUUUGGCUCUAUAGGUCGAUGGCGUCCAGAUGCGUUUCGUCUUGGCAUACUCAUCGACAACCAUUUUAGGGAUAGUUCUCCUCAACGGCCUAUAACAGUCCUUCAGCUUCCUCGUAUCCUCCAACCUGUCUCCCUAGAAUGCGGUUCACGUCAAAUUAACCUAGCUCAAGUAGCUAUUCGCCAGCUACUCCCGCUUAUCCCUUUAAACGGGCAUCAGUCAUUCAUCAGUUUUGUCAUC